GCCUGGGACGGUUGCGGUGGGUCUGUGUGGGCGCUGGGAGUCGUCCAAGAUGAUUAAAAAAUUCGACAAGAAGGACGAGGAGUCUGGUAGUGGCUCCAAUCCUUUUCGGCAUCUGGAGAAGAGUGCGGUUUUGCAGGAGGCUCGUAUAUUCAAUGAAACACCCAUUAAUCCAAGAAGAUGUUUGCAUAUUCUAACAAAGAUUCUUUACUUACUGAACCAGGGUGAAUACUUUGGAACUAUGGAAGCAACAGAAGCCUUCUUUGCAAUGACUCGAUUGUUUCAAUCUAAUGAUCAAAUCUUGAGAAGAAUGUGUUACCUUACCAUCAAAGAAAUGGCUAAUAUCUCUGAGGACGUGAUCAUUGUCACCAGCAGUCUGACCAAGGACAUGACUGGGAAAGAAGACGUGUACCGAGGCCCGGCCAUCAGAGCUCUCUGCAGAAUCACUGACGGAACAAUGCUGCAAGCCAUUGAGAGGUACAUGAAACAGGCCAUUGUGGAUAAAGUCUCCAGUGUUUCCAGUUCAGCACUAGUUUCUUCCUUACACAUGAUGAAGAUAAGCUAUGAUGUGGUUAAGCGGUGGGUCAAUGAAGCCCAAGAAGCUGCUUCAAGUGAUAAUAUUAUGGUCCAGUACCAUGCAUUGGGAGUCCUGUAUCACCUUAAACGGAACGAUCGCCUUGCUGUUUCUAAGAUGUUGAAUAAAUUUACUAAAUCCGGUCUCAAAUCACAGUUUGCUUAUUGCAUGCUGAUCCGAAUUGCUAGUCUCUUACUAAAAGAAAACGAAGAGGGCCAUGAAAGUCCGCUCUUUGACUUUAUCGAGAGUUGCUUGCGAAAUAAGCAUGAAAUGGUAAUUUAUGAAGCUGCUUCUGCCAUCAUCCAUCUUCCUAACUGUACUAUGCGAGAGUUGGCGCCUGCUAUUUCAGUUCUUCAGCUUUUCUGUAGUUCACCUAAGCCAGCUUUGAGGUAUGCUGCUGUGAGAACCUUGAAUAAGAUGGCAAUGAAACACCCCUCUGCAGUGAUUGUCUGCAAUCUGGACCUAGAAAACUUGAUCACAGAUUCCAACAGAAGCAUUGCUACUUUGGCCAUUACUACACUUCUCAAAACAGGAAGUGAGAGCAGUGUGGACAGGCUCAUGAAGCAGAUAUCGUCUUUUGUGUCCGAAAUCUCUGAUGAGUUCAAGGUGGUAGUCGUCCAGGCCAUCAGUACCCUGUGUCAGAAAUACCCCCGGAAGCACAGCGUCAUGAUGACCUUCCUCUCCAACAUGCUCCGGGAUGACGGAGGUUUUGAGUAUAAGCGUGCCAUUGUGGACUGCAUCAUUAGCAUUGUGGAAGAGAACCCUGAGAGUAAAGAAGUGGGGCUUGCCCACCUCUGUGAAUUCAUUGAGGACUGUGAACAUACCGUUCUGGCUACCAAGAUUCUUCACUUGUUGGGCAAAGAGGGCCCUAGGACUCCUGUCCCCUCCAAGUACAUCCGCUUUAUCUUUAAUAGGGUUGUCCUAGAGAAUGAAGCUGUCCGUGCUGCUGCUGUGAGUGCGUUGGCUAAAUUUGGGGCACAGAAUGAGAAUCUUCUCCCAAGCAUCAUUGUACUCUUAGAGAGGUGCAUGAUGGAUACUGAUGACGAGGUACGGGACAGAGCUACCUUCUAUCUGAAUGUGCUGCAGCAGAGGCAGAUGGCACUGAAUGCUACAUAUAUCUUCAAUGGUCUGACUGUCUCUGUGCCAGGGAUGGAAAAAGCAUUACACCAGUACACACUGGAGCCUUCAGAAAAGCCCUUUGACAUGAAGUCUGUUCCUCUUGCUAUGACUCCCAUUGUUGAACAGAAAACAGAAAUCACACUGAUUGCUACUAAGCCCGAGAAGUUGGCUCCUUCCAGGCAAGACAUUUUUCAAGACCAAUUGGCUGCCAUUCCUGAAUUUAUGAAUCUAGGCCCUCUGUUCAAGUCUUCUGAGCCUGUUCAACUCACAGAAGCAGAAACAGAGUAUUUUGUGCGUUGUGUCAAGCACAUGUUUACCAAUCACAUUGUGUUCCAGUUUGACUGUACCAACACUCUCAACGACCAGCUUUUGGAGAAAGUGAUUGUGCAGGUGGAACCAUCAGAUUCGUACGAGGUGCUAUGCUGCGUCCCAGCUCCCAGCCUCCCUUACAACCAGCCAGGAAUAUGCUACACUCUGGUUCAUUUGCCUGAAGAUGACUCCACAGCAGUGGCAGCCAGCUUCAGCUGCACCAUGAAGUUCACUGUUCGGGACUGCGACCCUGACACUGGAGUCCCAGCUGAGGAUGGGUAUGAGGAUGAGUAUGUGCUGGAAGAUCUGGAAGUGACUGUGUCUGACCACAUCCAGAAGGUGCUGAAACCUAACUUUGCUGCUGCCUGGGAGGAAGUGGGCGACACCUUUGAGAAAGAGGAGACUUUCGCCCUUAGCUCUACCAAAACUCUGGAAGAAGCUGUCAACAACAUCAUCACAUUUCUGGGCAUGCAGCCAUGUGAGAGGUCAGACAAAGUCCCCGAGAACAAGAACUCCCAUUCCCUCUACCUGGCAGGUGUCUACAGAGGUGGCUCUGACUUAUUGGUGAGGUCCCGGCUGGCCUUAGCAGAUGGUGUGACCAUGCAGGUGACUGUCAGAAGCCAAGAGGAAACACCUGUAGAUGUUAUCUUGGCUUCUGUGGGAUGACUUUGACUGGACAAGAUGGAUCUGGCGUGCACAUCCCUGUCAGGGGACUUUUAGGCUAGUGCAUGGCCUUCCCAGAAUCAGUUUAGAAACUGUAAAUGACUUUGGAGAAGCAAAUUACAUGUUUGGCCCUGAGCCAGCAGAUCAAGCAAAUCUCUGUCCUCAUGCACAUAUCUCAUGUUUAUUUGUUUUCUCCUUUUUCUUUUUAUUACACUUGGUCAGCUUUGGUAUUAUAGUACGGCUUUGGGUGAUCUUGAAAAUCAAAUACUAGCCUAUACCCAGCUGCUUAACUUCAUGACGUUCUUUAAUUUAAUGUGUGUCUGAGCGCUCCUGACAAUGUUGGGGAAGUUUUAUCCCAGAGGGGUGGUGGGGGAGGGGAAGCCGGAGUCCACUUUUGUCAAAAUUCAUUUUUAUUAAUAGAAAAUAAACACUUAUUCCAGUUUCAGUAUACUUGAGGUUGCUAAUAAAAAUCACUGUUUUGACUAAGACAAUGAAA